CGGGCAGUGCGAACUGCCGGAGCAGCCGCCGGCCGCCAUAGUCGGCACACAAAGCUAGUCCCAGAUUUGAGCGACGACAAGGCACCCUAAUGAGUGAACCUCGGGAGCGCUAUGGAUUUGACUAAGAUGGGCAUGAUACAGCUCCAGAACCCCUGCCACCCCACGGGGCUGCUGCACAAAGCCAACCAGAUGCGCCUGGCGGGGACGCUGUGCGACGUGGUCAUCAUGGUGGACAGCCAGGAGUUCCACGCUCACAGGACAGUGUUAGCUUGCACUAGUAAAAUGUUCGAGAUCCUCUUCCACCGCAACAGUCAGCAUUACACCCUGGACUUCCUUUCACCAAAGACUUUCCAGCAGAUUCUGGAGUAUGCUUACACAGCCACCCUCCAGGCAAAGGUUGAAGACUUGGAUGACCUGCUCUAUGCAGCUGAGAUCCUAGAAAUAGAGUAUCUAGAAGAGCAGUGCCUGAAGAUCUUGGAGACCAUCCAGGCAUCUGAUGACAACGAUGCCGAAGUCACCAUGACGGAUGGAGGUGCCGAUGAAGAGGAGGACAGGAAAUCAAGGUACAUCAAGGGGCUCUUCAUCUCCAAGCAUUCCAGCGAGGAGAGCGGCUACGCCAGCACAGCUGGGCAGAGCGGGCCGGGCGCUAUGGUGGAGCAGAGCCCUUCGGUCUCCACGUCUUUCGGCCUCUCCGCCAUGAGCCCCACCAAGGCAGCGGUGGACAGCCUGAUGAGCAUCGGGCAGUCGCUGCUGCAGGGUGCCCUGCAGCACAACGUCCCCGAGGAGCCGCACGCUGCCGGCCGCCACCCCGGGCCCAGCGAAGUCAAAACCGAAGUGAUGCAGGUGGAAGACGCCUCCAGCCACGAGAGCCCACGGCCGCCGGAGUCGGGCACUUCUAGCGGGGAGAAAUCUGAUGACAAGAGCAAGGAAGACCCCGGCACCCCGACCCGCAGUAGCGUUAUCACAAGUGCCCGCGAACUGCACUACGUCCGCGAUGAGAGCGCGGAGCAGCCUCCCGAGGCUGCCCAGGGGAUGCUGGUGGGGCCGGAGCAGUCUGCGGCUGUGAGCGAGAAGCCUUUGGGCGUCUACUCCGUGCUCCCCAACCACAAAAGUGACUCUGUGCUCAGCAUGCCGCCCUCCAUGACAUCCACCCUUCACAUGCAGCCAGCCCUGGCCGUGUCCAUGGACUUCAGCGCUUAUGGGGGGCUCCUGCCCCAGGGCUUUAUUCAGAGGGAGCUGUUCAGUAAGCUCGGGGAGUUGGCAGCCGGCAUGAAAACGGAGAGCAGAGCCGUGGGCGAGCAGUGCAGUGUGUGCGGGGCAGAGCUGCCGGACAACGAGACCGUCGAACAGCACCGGAAGCUGCACAGCGGUAUGAAGACGUACGGAUGCGAGUUGUGCGGGAAGCGGUUUCUGGACAGCUUGAGGCUGCGAAUGCACUUACUGGCACACUCAGCGGGUGCCAAAGCAUUUGUCUGUGAUCAGUGCGGUGCGCAAUUCUCAAAAGAAGAUGCCCUGGAGACACACAGGCAGACACAUACUGGUAUGUUGACUUUUCUUUUUUUUUGCUUAACUCCUUCUCCAAACAAACAGCGUAGAAGGAAGCGCUAUGCGUGCUGCCUCCGCCCCGGGCGGCCGCGCUUUCUAGGAGAGCCCUCUCCCAGCUCUGUUACCUCUCCCCCAUGGAGCCCUUAUGUCUGAUGGAGGGAUCCUGUGUCCCACCACCCCACUUGAUCUUGCCCCAUUCUGUCCUUAAGCAGUGACCCUUGCCGCCGUUCCCUUCAGGGAUGCUCAGAGUUAGGCUGACUUUCUGCAGUAGUGCAGUGAUGCAGCUGCUGGGGAGCGCAGUGCCCUGCUCCGGCUGUGGUUGUGGUGCUGGUUUCACCCCAGUGGGGUUUGUUUGUUUGUCAGGGAACAAAACUUUCUCUCAGCACCUUAUUAUCAAACACCAGUUAGACCUAAGUUAGAUAUUUGGGCUUCCUUUGGAAGUUUUUGCCAAACCACAAGAUUAACCCUUUACAGUUCUGGCUUCCGACCUGCCCAAUUCUGUUUCAGUCUUGAAAUUAGUUCUUUUAAGGUGAGUUGGCCUGCUUUUUGUUGACCUGUUGGAAAUAUUUUUGUAUUUGCGUUAAAAUUUGUGACUCUCAAAAAGGAAACCUCCCCAGGCAGGUUUCUGGGAGAUCCUGGUGGAAGGAGCAGCACAGCCUGCCCCUGUGGUUCAGCUCGGAGUGUCUUUGUGCUGCUGGAGGGCCACCCUCGUUCUGUGCACCAGAGCACUGGCCAUGAUGCAAACUGACCGAUACCCAGAGGAUAUUGGCUUUCAGAAAAGCAAGUGGGAGAGGUGCUGGGAACGUGGAACCAGCCCUGCCCUUGCCCCGUACCCAAGAGCAGAGGUUUGGAAGCAUGGAACUGUUGCUGUUGGCAGGAGUUGCUAAAGGGGUUGCAGUUUCCUUCCAGACAGUUGGUUUGUUGCUCCCUUGAUGUUGUAAACACGGCUCUAAGAUUCAGGCGUAACGCUCAUCAGACUUUUGCUGAAUUUGACCAGUGCGAUGGCACUUGGCCACCAUUUCAGAUUUUAAGAGAAGCUUUCCAAGAGAUAAAUAAUGUUGUCAAGACUGUUUUGAUGGUCGGGAGCCACAGAGUGAUGCAUUAUAAAUCAUCUGAGAAUCCCAGCCUACACUGAUCCUUCUCUUCCUGCUUUCAAGCAUCUCUACAAAUAAUUGCACUGUAUCUGGGGCUCUGUGCGGGUUUCGCCUUGCAGCCAUGAGGUCUGUGCGUCGCUUCUAAUCUGGGAUGCUGAGAUGCUGAGCAGGAUGAGAGCAGGACUGGGGCCCUGGAGGGGCUUGGGGUCCCUUUCUUGGCACAGACCUGUGCAGGAGCAGAGCCCUAUCUACUAUCCCAACAUCACACAGCGUUCAGGCAAAUAAAGAGCCGUCAGUGCACUGUGGGUCCCUCCUGCAAACCACUGUAUGAUACGCCAGGUUGAUAAACAAGGCAGCUUGCAUUACAGCAUUGUCUUAGCUUCCGUGCUUUGUACGAGUGAGGUAGCCUGAGCUCUUCUUCCAGUGCAACGCAGAUGUGAGGCAGUGAUUCACUAAAGCGCUAUUGCUUUUAUAGCUUAGCACUAAAGUAUGCAUGUAGGAAACCAUCGUGCAGCAAAUACAGCGUAAUACAACUGCUCCCUCUGCGAGGAAAACGUUGCUCCUUUCCAAAGAGCUAUCAACAGUUGGCUUUUGCCACGUUUCUGUUAUUGUGCUUUCCAGCUCUUUGGGUUGGAUGUGGCUGGCCGUGGGUGAGCACAAGGAGCUCCUUCUGCCUGAUAGCAGGCAACAGAUACACAAUGUAAAUGCUGCCCUUCCGACCCCCAGUGAGUUUGCUAUGGGGCACGGAGGAGUUCACAUCAGGCAGCCCCAAGUGGAGUCUUUGAGCAACUCCUAAAAUCAAAAUUGCAGAGAAGAGCCUGCUCCCCUCUGUGCUAUAUUAAGAGCAGUUUAAAUUAGAGCAAGCUAGUCUUUCAAUGCUGAAAAAACUGAUAAAUGCCAUUAAUGGCUGCGUUUAUACUCAAAGGUUGAAAUUCGAUGUGUGGACGCUAUGUUGGCAUGCAAAACAUGACCGGUUAUAUGCCAGAGGUUUUAAUGACCGAUCAGUAAUAUAAAUUGCUGCGUCACUGAGCAGGAAUAGGCUCAGCACGUCAUUUGAUCUGGAAACUUUGCUGGCCAAGCAGCAGGUAAUAAAUUUUAAAGUGAUUGCCCUCUGUAUUCAAAGUCAUGCUACUUGAGGCUGAACUUUACAAUCCGUAAUCUUUUUAGCAACUGUAUGUGCUGUAGGUUAGGGAGGGGAGCCGGCCAGCACAGCGAGGGGUUGGCUUUGGUGCAUGACCCAUGCUGGGCUGGUGAAGCAGGCUCUGGACCUUGGGUUUGCUGGUGGCCAUGUGUAGUGUCACUGUCCCAUGGCUCCACCAAACGUCACACAUUCGGGGCUCUGCAACUCCUGCAGGCAAUGGCUUGGUCCAAGCCCAUCCUGAAAACCAGGCAGAGCAUGGCGGAGAUCGGCUGUCGCUGGUGACCUUGACAAUUCUGCAUAAGUCAGUGUUGGUCUGAUGGGAAACCUUGGGGCCUGACCGUCGCGGGCUGUGUGCAUGCCAAGGCUCAAAGGGUGACAUGAAAACUUAGCCCAGCGGAACAUGGUGACCCAGGUUAAACAGGUUUAUCAUCACCUCUGCAAGCUGUAAACACAUGCUUCUCAGUUACACAUCAGAAAUGGGCUCUAUGGCCAGAGGAGCCCACACUUGCUGAAAUUAAUAGCUUCCUGUUGUUGGGCGGCACUCAAAUAGCGCUGCCUGUGGCAUAAGAAACAUUCCUCCAAUACAGUUGCUAUAAUUUGCUUGCUUUCUAAAUAAUGACAUCUCCCAGCAA